CUUUUUGCUGUCAUCUGCCAGCUGAGCAUUAAGAACAAGAAGUCGCCAGACGAAGAAAAGAAUAUUGUGUUGUAUUAAAUAACAUAACAAAUAAACAAAUAGAAAGACGUAGAAAAUAUAAGUUACAAUAAUAGUCAAAAUAAAGUGCUGUGAUAUCAAAUAUAUCCAGAAAAAUGGAUUUGCUUAACUCUAUACUCACAUCAAUGGACAAAGAUAAGCCUCCAACUGCCAGUGAACAACAAAAGAAAUUAAUAAAAAAACAGAAGGAGUACGCAGAGCGUAUUAAAAAUAGGCAAAAGGAGGAAUUAUUAAGAUUUCGUAAAUACGUAGAAGAAAGAAUAGGUCGCUUUGCCAAAGAUGAUCGUCCACAUAUUGAGUUUCAACCUUUGGAUAAAGUGCAUCGCGCAAUUAUACACGAGGUAGCUGAAUAUGGUGGAUUUAUUGCAAUGAGUUUUGGUCGGGAAGAUAUCGAUCGUCAUUCAGUAGUUUAUAAGAAAGAAAAUGCACCAACAGAAGAUGAAAUCGCUGCCAGACGAAAUGGCGAUGGUUGGGAUGAGGACAUAGCAAAGGAAUAUGCAGAGCGUCGAAAACAGCAACGCGAAUUAGAAAUUGAACAGAAGAAAAUGGUUCGUGCUUCCAUCAAAACUACAACUAAAAAUGAAAUUGAAGUGAAACCCAGCAGCAACUAUAAAGAUAAAUAUGCACAUUUAAUAGGUCAGGAGGCUGCAUUAGAAGCGGCAAGAAAAACAGAAACCAAUCACAGUUACGGCUUUGUGCCGAGCAAAAAUAAAAAAGACAUGCGUUCAAUAGAGCAAACCUUGGCUGAUAUACAAGCCAAGAAGAAACUUAAACUACAACAGCAACAGCAGCAAGUCGAAUCGCCUAUACAAAUAGAAGCAAUAAAUAAAGAUCAGUGAUAACCAAAUUCAUUAUAUUUUUCACAUUUUAACUAUUGAAAUAACUUAAUAUGCAAUAAUUUAAAAUGCAAUAUACAUAUUAACUAUAUUUUGUGAAUUGUUAAAUUUGAAAAUGGAAGAACUGUUAGAAGUUUACUAAGCAAUAUCCUAUUUGCGAUUCAGAAAAAAUUAAAUAUAUAUAUAUGGAUAUAUAUAUAUUUGAAAAAUAAAUAAAUUAUUUUAAAAAGUUAUAUACGUUUAUUUAAAUAAAAUUGAAAUU